AUGGGGCAUCUGAGGGGUUCAGCAAGCAUGGAGGAGUCGGAAAAUUCUGUUCUUGGGGACGAGGAAACCAUAAAGAAAGAUUACAAGCCUCUCAGCUGCCUAUCAUCUAACAAUGAAAGAGGAGGAUUCAGAGCAGCUUCUUUCAUGUAUGUGUUGGUGUCACUGGAGAACAUGGCAUUCAUAGCUAUGAUGACAAGCUUGUACCUCUACUUCAAUCACGAAUUGCACUUUAAUAUUGCUGGCGCUGCAAACACUCUUACAAACUUCUUGGGAGCAACUUUCAUACUCUCCAUGGUUGGUGGCUUCGUUUCAGACACUUACAUCACCAGAUUCCAUACUGUUCUCCUUUUUGGACUCGUUGAAGUAUUGGCUUUGGUGUUGAUGACAAUCCAAGCCCGUUACAAAAGCCUGAAACCAGAAGACUGUGGCAACAAGUCCUCUUGCAUGGAAGGCGGCAUAGCAGUGUUGUUCUACACCUCACUGUGUUUGUUGGCAUUGGGUUCUGGUGGGGUCAGGGGUGCACUUCCUGCACUGGGUGCAGACCAGUUUGAUCAGAAUGACCCAAAGGAGGCUAAAGCUCUUGCAACCUACUUCAACUGGCUCCUGCUCUGCACCACCUGUGGUGCAACCGUUGGAGUCACUGUCAUAGCUUGGGUUAGCACAGAUAGAGGCUGGUGGGCGGGUUUCUUAACAUGUACAUUGGUUACCCUUGCUGGUUUUGUCGUUCUUGCCAUUGGAAAGUCUUCCUUUCGAAUUCAAGUCUUCGGAGAUAGCCCUAUGAUAACAGUUGCACAGGUGAUAGUUGUGGCAAUCAAAAAUCGAAAGUUGACACUUCCAGAGAAUGCUGAUGAACUGUACGAGACCAGUGAAAAAGAAUCACUUAUUGUAGGGCAAAGAAUUCCGCAUACCAACCAAUUUAGGUGCCUUGACAAGGCUGCAAUUGUUCCCAAAGCCUUUGAACCCUCGGGAUGGACAGUCUGCACAGUGACUCAAGUCGAAGAAGUAAAGAUUUUGACAAGAAUGCUACCCAUUAUCGCGAGCACAAUCUUAAUGAACACAUGUAUGGCACAACUCCAGACCGUCUCAGUACAGCAAGGGUUCAGAAUGGACCGGUUUAUAGGCAAAUUCGAAGUUCCAGCAAUAUCAAUCCCGGUGAUCCCACUCGUCUUCAUGUCCAUUCUCAUCCCCAUCUACGAGUUCCUCUUCGUCCCAUUCGCCAGGAAGAUAACUAAACAUCCCGCCGGCAUCACACAGCUCCAGAGGGUGGGAAUAGGGCUCGUCCUCUCCAUCAUCUCCAUGACCAUAGCCGGACUGGUGGAAGUGAAAAGAAAGAAUGCAUCACUUAAGAAUCCAUUGAAGCCGAUCAGCGUCUUCUGGCUUUCGUUGCAGUAUGGCAUUUUCGGAAUCGCGGACAUGUUCACACUGGUGGGAUUGUUGGAGUUCUUCUACAAGGAAGCUCCCGCGAGCAUGAAAUCGCUCUCCACCUCGUUCACAUGGAUUUCUCUGUCUUUCGGAUACUUCUUGAGCAGUGCUUUCGUCGAUAUCAUCAACGCCGUCACCAAGAGAUUAGCUCCGAGCAAACAAGGAUGGUUGCAUGGACAAAACAUUGACACCAACAAUCUCAAUCUUUUCUACUAUUUUUUGGCCAUCCUUAGCGGCCUCAACUUUCUCAUCUAUUUGCUUUCGGCCUCAUGGUACAAGUACAAAACCGAAGACUCUGUUCCUGAGCCCAAAUUCAGUGAGCCCAAGAAGAUGGAUGUGGAUGAUUUACCACCUCCUCCAAAGGAAGAAAGUACAGAUAAAGACUCCACAGUAGAACUGAUAACGGGUUCUAAAGAAAAAGAAUAGAAUGUGUGUUGGUCCAAUAAUGUUUUCUCUCUUUUUUUAUGCUUUUAUUUGUUUUUAUUUAACUUCUUUUUUUUUUUUUU